GACGCCGUCGUUCGACAACAAAUCUUGUCGGAGUUCGCGGAUAGAGCAACAAACGGAGGACAUUCUUUGCGCUCGACCCGGAGAGCCAUCUCGAUUCCCGAAACCGCUUCUGCGCUUGUCACCGCUGGAACCAUGGACGUCAAGAUGCACAGCUAUCAUGUCCCUGACCUCCAUGAGGUUGCUGAUGUUCUCCAGAAAGGAUUGGCGAACGAUUUCGCCGAGAUUUCUGCAGCCGUUGUCAGUUGUCCCGACUUGACCAAAGAACCUUUCCAUCUGGCAGCUGAGGGAUUAGGCGGCUCGCCGAGAAUUUGCGACGUAGGAGGUGUUCCAUACCUUGUGCCGCUGUACAAUCCGGCGAAGAAGUAUAACUUCCAGGAGAUCGCGAAUCUCGCCGGAGUUCCUGACGGCUUCUUCGUGGGCGCAGCUGCGGGACCUUUCCAUGUCGUCGGUUCGAACUCCGAGCUGAUGCCGAACAUUAGAUGCGGGACGAGUCGACGCAACGAGACUCAUUACGCUAAGAUCACUGAAUCAGGAGGGCAUCUUAUGGAGAAGGUGCCGCAGGACUCUUCAGAUUUCGGUCUCAUGAGCAAUUUAUUCCUCUCGGAGGGCCAACCCGGGAGCGUUCUCCACCUCAGCUUGAAACGUCGGAUCGGCAAGGAUAAUCUGACGGCAGCGAUCCGAAAGGUCUUAUUGGAAGCCUUCGGACCCGAGAAACCUGUCGGUUUGGGUGGCGUUUUUCUCAUCAAGAAGGGGAAAGCAAAACUUCAUAUUAUGCCGGAUUUCUCCACGGUGCCUCUGAAGAGCGACGACGACGUCGACCAGUGGCUUCGAUAUUUCGAGUUCCCUGCUCCCUUAAUCUGUCUAUCCGUAAUGUCAUCUUGCGAUCCCGGAUGGGACUUGAGAAUCGACCAUACGCAUUGUUUCAGCACUCACGGUGUCGGUGGCCACUAUCACUACGAUACAACUCCCGAGGAGGUGGAGUACGAGUGUUUCUUCAACGUCGCUGAGAAACUCGUCAGAAUCGAUCAACCGAAAGAGACCCACAAUAUCGGCCGCGACUGAGCAUUGACUCGGCUCCAUUUCGAAGCGAUAGAGGAAUGAAAUAAAUUCCAGU